AUGUCAGGUGGUGUUGGUCCAACAGGGAAUGACAUAAGCCUUCCAAAUGAAAGAGAACAAGAACAGAAACUCCAAGAAGAUCUUGCUUCCUUGAAAAACCCUAAAAGCAGUACCACCUCAAAGAAAGCUGGUUUCUUGAGCUUUCAACAACUAAAUGUUCUUGCUGUUAUGACUGUGUUUGCUGCAAGUGGCAUGGUAAGCCCUGAAGACUUUGCUUUUGUUGUCUUUUCCAUUGUUUACAUGUAUUUUUUCUCCAAAGUUGCUUUCCCCACCAUCAACCCUCCAAGAGACUCGGUAGUUUUUGAUCCGAAAAACAAGAUUCUUGGCCUAUACGUGUUUGUUGGUGCUAUCAUCGGCCUCUUUCUCCCCAUAGUUUAUAUCUUUGAAGGCAUUUUCGAGGGAGAUAAAGAAGGGAUCAAGGCAGCAGCACCACAUGUUUUUCUCCUAGCAGCUCAGGUUUUCAUGGAAGGACUGGCAUUUUCAGACAGGUUUUCGAUCCCAAUUCGUGUGUUUGUGCCUGUGUUUUAUAAUUCAAGGAGGAUUUUCACGCUUGUGGAUUGGUUCAGGGAUGAGAUCUCAAAGGCGGAGCAGGAUUAUGGAGGGUCUACUUGGAGGCUCCAUAUUGGUAGAGCUCUUGCUGUGGCUAACCUGGCUUUUUGGUGCUUCAAUCUUUUUGGCUUCUUGUUGCCUGUUUAUAUCCCUAGAGCCUUCAAGAAGUACUACUCUGGAUUCAAGGUCAAGGAUUAA